AUCUCACAGUUUUUAACUAACAACUGAAGCUGUCUCUAACCAGAUGCUCUCCAGAUGUUUUGAACAAUAACUCCCAUCACCCCAUGAGGAUAGGGGCUGAUGAUCAUAAGAAUUGAAGGCCAGCCCCUUUGGAGAGCACCAGGUUGCAGAAAGCUGAGUUACAGCAACAACACUUGUUACUUUUUUCUCCUUUUUCUCAAUAGAAAUAUGGACUUGAAAACCCUCAUUUGAAGACACAUGUAUCUAGUUACUGAGUUGCCUUAGUGAUGGAAAAUCUAUGUGUGAAGGUACAUCAGCUGUCAAAAUCUAGCAGAUAUAUCAGCCUACUACAGAGACAACUUACGACCCAAAGCAGGACUCCUGUACAAUAUGCUUCAUUUUCAAAAGUUCAGCAGCUCCAUGAAAAGCAAUCUACUGCCAUAACAUUUCCUCUCCGAGAUCUGGCAAGAUUCUUGUCCCCUAAUGUGGACACAUCAUCCUUCUACAUUUUCAGCCCUAACCAGGAUGACAUCCACAAGGCAGAGAUGUUUUUCAUUCCAUCACAUCAACACAUCAUUGAUUAUUCCACUUCUGCUGUCCGGAUGGAUCAUGCUCCACAAAUGUCUGAGCCUGAGGUUUGCUUUUUAGGAAGAAGCAAUGUUGGAAAAUCAUCUUUAAUAAAAGCACUGUUUUCUUUGGCCCCUGAUGUUGAAGUUAGAAUUUCCAAACAUCCUGGUCACACAAAGAAAAUGAAUUUUUUCAAAGUGGGAAAAUUCUUCACUUUGGUGGAUAUGCCAGGCUAUGGGUUCAAAGCACCGAAAGAUUUUGCAGAGAUGGUUGAGCCUUAUUUAAAUCAACGUAAGAAUUUGAAACAUACAUUCUUAUUAAUAGAUGCCAAAGCAGGAAUUCAGGAAAUGGACAACAUUGCUGUAGAAAUGUUGGAAGAAUUUGGGAUUCCUUAUGUUCUUGUAUUAACAAAAAUUGACAAAGCAGCAAAAUCAGUGAUGGCAAAAAAUGUGCUACAGAUUCAGGACUUCGUAAAGAAAAAUACCCAAGGAUGCUUUCCUCAACUUUUUCCUAUCAGCUCUUUGAAUUAUUCUGGAAUCCAUGUAUUGAGAUGCUUCAUAGCUCAUACAACUGGACAUCUUCCAUUAUCCACUGAAUGAUGCAUUAUAGCAGUGUUUCUCAACCUUGGCAACUUUAAGAUGUGUGGACUUCAACUCCCAGAAUUCCCCAGCCAGGAGGCUGGGGAAUUCUGGGAGUUGAAGUCCACACAUCUUAAAGUUGCCAAGGUUGAGAAACACUGCAUUAUAGUCAGAAGCAUCUUGCUUCAACUUCAUGCUAGAUACUGUAUAAAUAUAAAUUAUUUUGGAACAAUAAACGCUAUGUAGAUUCA